ACUAAGAGGCGGUUGCGUUUCCAGAACCUUCUGGAAAUGGAAAAUCCCUCGUCGCCGGCCACCGCACCGUCGGAGGUUCUCUCCGGCAGCUGCAGCGGCCGCGGUUCCUCCCCAUUGUCGUCCUGCUCCUGCUCGCCGACGAAGCGCCCCAAGGAGGAGGAGGAGGCGGCGUUGGAGGCGCACGCGACGGCGGCGGUGGCGAGAUGUGGAGAUCGAGAAGCGGCGGAGGCGGUGGUGCCCUCGCCGGGGAUCGUGGCGGAGCCGCCGCCGCGGGGUCAGGUGCCGUGGGCGAAGCUGCUGUCGCAGUGCUCGCAGACUCCCCAUCUCCCUAUCAGUGGAAGCCAAAUUUGUGUUAGUAAAAGUGAACAAUGUGGCAUAUGUUUGGAUGGUCAAUCUGAUAAUGACCCUGGAUGCAAGUUGCGAUAUCUUGAGCAAGGUCUAUGUGAGUUAGAAGUAACAGGAACAGAUGGUUGGGUAAACAUAAAUGGAAAACGAAUUACAAAAGGCUCCAAAGCUUUCCUCUCAGAAGGGGAUGAACUUGUUUUCAAUCAUGUCAAGCAUGCAUAUAUUUUUCAGUAUUCUAUAAACGACAAUAAUACUUUACCUUCAACCCGAUCUGAAGACUUUAAAGAUGGGCUGAAAGAAGGAAUUAUUAACCCGAACCAUAUUGAAGUUACCCUCGAGAAUUUCCCAUAUUAUCUCAGUGCGAAUACAAAGAAUGCACUGUUUUCACCUGCAUUUAUACACAUGAAAAAAAGGUUCACCAGAAGGUUCCCAAAUGAAAUUUCAUCUCUAAAUCAAAGAAUUCUAUUGUGUGGUCCACCAGGGUCUGGAAUUUACCAGCAAACAUUGGUAAAGGCCUUCGCAAAGCAUUUUGGUGCUAGACUUCUUAUAGUUGAUUCUCUUGUGCUGCCUGGUGCACCUUCCAGUGGUCCAGGCCAUAUGGCCGAUAAAUCAGGAGAUCAAGAAGGUAUUAGUAAGUUGGCAAAUUCUCACAAGCACCAUUCUGGUGCAGAAGCUGAUAUUGCAAAGAGAACCUUUCCUCAUUCUCCCUGUUCUACCAAACCAGAUUCAUUAACAGCAACAUCCAAGCACAUUUUUAGAGAAGGGGACCGGGUAAAGUAUAUUGGUCAAAUUCAACGAGCAUGCCUAGAUACACAAAGGGGCCCAACUAAGGGUUGCCAGGGCAGAGUGAUGCUUACCUUUGAAAACAAUAUAUCCUCAAAAAUUGGAAUUAGAUUUGACAAGCAAAUCCCUAAUGGUAAUGAUCUUGGAGGCUUGUGUGAAGCAGAUCAUGGUUUCUUUUGCCCGGCUGCUGAACUUCGCCUGGAUUCUGGCACUAGCGAAGUUAACAACCUUGCACUGGAAGGGUUAAUUGAGAUCAUUUUAGAUGAAAGCAAAACAAGCAAUCUGAUCGUGUUUCUUAAAAGUGUAGAGGAACUGUUUGGUGGAAAUACAGAAUUGCAUUCACCUCUAAGGAGAGAACUUCCUCCAGGUGUUUUGAUAAUUGGAUCUCACUUGGAGCCAGACAACCACAAAGAGUCAAAACAACCUGGAAGUUAUGUCCCCAAAAUGAAUGGGGAGCACAAGCUAGGACAAGUUAUGUCUGAAAAAGGGCAGGAUCAUGUUGGAAGUAAGUUGCAUGAAAGAAAUGAAGGUGCUUCAAAAUCAGCUCUCGGUCUAAAUAUGCUUUUCCCCAAUAAAAUUUCCAUUGAGCCGCCACAGGAUAAAGCACAGCUUUCAAAAUGGAAGCAACAACUUGAACGUGAUGCUCAAACACUUAAUGCUAAAGCUAACAUUCUCAAAAUUCAUAAGUUUCUGAUCCGCAAUGAAGUUGAAUGCAAUGACCUUGAGGAAUUAAUCAUCAAAGGCCAAUUACUGACUGACGAAAGUAUAGAUAAGAUUGUUGGUUAUGCCCUUAGUUCUCACCUUCAACAUAAUAGCCCCAAUACAUCUGAGGAUGAGAAAAUUGUACUUUCUACUGAAAGCCUCAGGCGUGGACUCAGCAUGGUACAGAGCACUAAACAAAACUUGGACUCAGAAAGGCACAGUGAGAAUAAGAGCUUAAGCAAUGCAUUAAAGAAUGUGGUCACAAAGAACAAGUUUGAGAAAGAUGUUCUAUCAGAUGUUAUUUCACCUAAUGAUAUUGGAGUUCACUUUGAGGACAUUGGAGCUCUGGAUAAUGUAAAGGACACAUUGAAGAAAUUGGUGAUGGUUCCUCUGCAAAGACCUGAACUGUUCCGCAAAGGCCAGCUUAGAAAGCCUGUGAAGGGAAUAUUGCUCUUUGGACCUCCUGGCACAGGUAAAACAUUGCUUGCAAAAGCAAUAGCUACUGAAGCAGGUGCAAAUUUUAUCAACAUAUCAAUGUCAAGCAUCACAUCGAGGUGGUUCGGGGAAGGAGAGAAAUAUGUAAAGGCUGUUUUCUCUUUGGCAAGUAAAAUAUCUCCUGCUGUGAUAUUCAUUGAUGAGAUUGACAGUAUGCUAGGAAGGAGAGAAGCAGAAGGCGAUCGAAAAACGAUGCGCAGGAUAAAAAAUGAAUUUAUGGUGCACUGGGAUGGGUUACGUACUAAAGAUCAAGAACGCGUAUUGGUUCUUGGAGCCACAAAUAGACCUUAUGACCUUGAUGAGGCUGUCAUUCGAAGGUUCCCUCGCAGAUUGAUGGUGGAUUUUCCUGAUGCAUUAAACAGAAAGAGGAUUUUGAACGUGAUACUAUCUGAGGAAGAGUUAGCACCAGAUGUGGAUCUCCAGUCACUUGCUAACAUGACUGAUGGAUAUUCAGGAAGUGACUUGAUGAAUCUAUGUGUAACUGCAGCGCAAUGCCCUGUGGAAGAAAUCAUAGACAAGGAAGAGAAGGAGCGAAAUUUGCGAAGAGCUGAAGGUAGCCCUCAGCCUCCAGUAUGUGGAACCGAGGACAUUCGCCCUCUUACAAUGGAUGACUUCAGAUUCGCACAUCGGAUGGUGCGCUCUAGUGUAUCAUCUGACUCAAGAAACAUAAGGGACCUUUACCAGUGGAAUGAUCAAUAUGGUGAAGGUGGGUCAAUGAAGGAUGAAUUUAACUACUACAUAUAGGCAAAGGACAUUAUUACAAAAGCCAGCCCUAAACAAGUUGGUUUUUUCUCUGCUCCCCUAAGUGGAGAAGCAGCUGCCUCCGACGCUCUCAAGUAAGAUUGCCUGCCGACUUGUAGCAACUGAUGAUUUGACUCAAUGUUGACAUAGAUAUGUUUUUGCCCUUUUGCUGUUCCUCUUACGUUAGUCUCAUACUCAUAUCCACUGUAUGUUAGUGUAUGUAAGUUCAUUCAAUCAAUGUACGUAUUAGGUUCAAAUCCUAUUGUCGACAAUUUACACAUGUAAUUGCCAGUGUGCUAUCAUACCUCAUACCUGGACAUGUUCUUUUCAAGGAUUGCAUGUAAAAAGAACACGAAAGCCACUGGCCAUUGCUGCAUUUGUCCACUCUUUGCACGCGUGGGCAUGGAAUUAAGGACAGCAUUUCGAUCUCGAUUUGUAUGUUUCCUGCUGUGGUUUGCAAUUUGACUAGU